GCUGGGUUGGUCAUCCUGGUUACGAAUUAUAGACGUUGUUUGUAUUUUGUAAAAGUUUUAAAAAAAUUAAGAACUUGACUGUGACUGCACAUAAUAUCAGUGUCUUUUUUGUGAUCAUUAAUAAGAAGAUGGCGCCAAAAAAACGGUCGACAUUAUACAAUCAAAAAUCUCGGCAACCAUCAAGAAUGAAGGAAUCCGUCAGCUGCUCAGUUUUCCUGGAUGAAGUUGGCCAAGUUCAGUCAUCAACACCAAAACAAGUCAAGUUGACAAAAAAGGAAAUUUCAAAAGCGGCAGAAGAAUUGGCCUCAGAAAUACAAAACAAAAUUGAUGAGUAUGUCAAGUCCGCAACCUUGUUCAAGCUAUCUUUAAAAAGACAACUUUUGAAAACACCUCUCUGGCAGUUCGAGGAGUAUAGAGACAAUUAUGCAGUCGAUUCAAUUGACAGGAAAAUUGAAGGAAACGUUGAAAAUGUUGAACCGAAGUGCACUUCGAAGAGACUUCGGACUAGUAGUGCGGAUCCAUUCAAAAAACCAGCUCCAGUAGGAAUAAAACAGACUGGUCGAGUAUCAAGAUCUGCGACCAGAUCAAGGAAUUCUGCGAUGAAGACUCCGUACAUGUCGUCGCAGUUUGGUUCGGCUGAGAUGACGCCGAUCACACCCAAGUUUGACAUCAACACACCGGCGUCUGUGUUGCGGCAGCCGCGCCUCGGAGAGCAGGCCGUGUCACUGAGUGGCAGUCCCCUCCAUGUGGCCAUCCCCACCGCCACCAACCCCACCAUCAAUGUGCCACUCAGUGACGGCAACGUCCUGACCAUCCUCCCGCCCCUCAGCCAGGCCAACCGCCCCCGCCCGCCCCCCGUCGCCCUCGACCCAGAGUGUCGGCACAAGCUGCAGACCAUUCAAAUGUAUCUCACGCACAUGUUGGACGGAUACAACUCCGAUUGAUUCAACAAAGGUGCGUACAGACGUACAGACUCUGCUCCGCAAACGAACGUUACUCGAGCGGAUUGCAAGAUGAUCGCAGGUCGAACAAGAGCGGAACGCGAACAGAGCUUGUGCUUGACAAGUUCCUAGGGGGCGAACUAACCAAUAGUUGUGCAUGCGCGUCUAACGUUUUUGUUGGAUCAGUUACAAUCUCUGUAUUAGCAUAUAAAAUUAUAAAAAUUAAUUAUUAAAUCAUCAAAAUUAAAUAAUAUAAAUUAAAUAAAACAUUUUUAAUAAUAGGUACCAGCAUAUUAGAAUUUAUAAGAAAGAAGCCAAACUCCCAACCACGCCUUUCACCUUUCAAAACAUUGUCAGACUUAACCUUUUUUUGUAAUAAAACAUCGAAAUAAAUGCAACAAACAUAAUAAUUAUUAUCAUCAAUUUAUUAUAAAAACAUAAUGUAUUCUAGGCUACCCAGAAAUCCCCUGGUUAGAAUAUUUUAUUCAUUUUUUGUUACCCGAUCAGCUGGAUUGAACGUUUCACUUUUGUGAGGUUAGGUUGUAGCACAACCAAAUCUAAUACAAGGCCCCGGCCUACGAUAUUACAACGUCGCAGUGUAGGUCUAUAGUGAGGUCCAGGUUAUAAUGGCAGUGUAGGAAGAUAGGAAAAGAGUUGCCAGAUCUCAGCCUUGUCACUCAAACAGCUGAUACUGGUAUAUCUGAUGAAUUUAACUGUUCAUUAUUGCUGAAAAUAGUUAAUCAUAUUUUAUUUGUCAAGAAAAUAUAUUUUUUAAGAUGUAAUGAUGAAUUUUCAUGAUUGAGAUCAAAUAUUUUGUCAAUUAGUUGAAUUUCUACAUUGUUGAUAAACGGUGUGGCAACAUCGCAAAGCGUGAAAGAGGUAGAGCCAUCUACUUUGUUGAAUGAUAGACAAGGAUAGCAACACCAUUGCAAAUCACACACUGCCAUUAUAACGUGGACCUCACUACAGAAAUACAUGAAGAUGUAUUAGAUUAGAAGAUCAGCUGGUAAAAAAUACCAGCUGAUCUUCUUCACCAAUCAUGUAUUAGAUACUAGGCCUACGCUGUGACGUUGGAAUAUCGUAGGCCCGCGCCUUGUAUUAGAGGUUGCUAUGGUUGUAGCGAAGUCAACAAUACGAUAAGCGCGCGAUCAUCCUUCGAACAUAUAGCAAACCUCUAGCGAACCCUUGCAUAACAUCUCGCGUAACGUUUAUGAUCGGAGCGUGUUCGAGGCGCGUAUAUCUGUACACACCUCAACGUCUAGACACUGAUUGUUGCAGAGCGGCCAUAUUGUAGAUAUCUUGGCGACAAAUUAAAAAAUUAAUGAAAUUAAUGUUAUUCAUGGCGGAAAACCAUCUGAUACACAUGUUGAGCAGCUACAACUCUGAUUGAUCCACCUACCAAGCGAAGCAACGUCUAAAUACUGAUUGUUGUGGAGCGGCCAUUUUGGCGGCAAAUUUAAAAUUAAUGAAGCUAUUCAUGGCGGCAAACCAUACACAUUUAUCCAACGCACAUGCUAAACUGCUACAACUCCAAUUGAUUCUACUAUCAAGCGGAGCAAGGUCUACAGAAAGAGGUCUAGAUACCAAUAUUAUGCUAUGUAGCGGCAAAUUUCAAAACCUAAUCUAAUACGAACGAAAUUAUGCAUUAAGUAUACGAAAUAAUCUUUCCGUUUCUUGUUAUGUUAAUUCAACAACUAGUAAACAAACUUCAAGACUUC